AUGAAGGCGUUAGAGAUUGAUUGGUUGAUGGGUGGUAUUGAGUCAAGGCAACGCAUUGUAUGGGCCAAUUCCUCACAAAUCGGGAACCUUUCCAAACUCAACUACCUAGACUUGGCCUACAAUAAUUUGUCUGGAACCAUCCCAUCUGAGCUUUGCUUUACGAAAAGUCUUUCUUUUUUCUCAUUGGGUUUUAAUUCAAUCAGCGGUUCCAUUCCACGAGAAAUAGGAAGGUUGAGUGCAGUUUCAAUAAUUCUUUUCAUGAGCAACAAUUUAACCGGUUCCAUUCCAACAGAAAUUUCGAACCUUUCCAAGCUUAACUACUUGGACCUGAACCGAAAUAAUUUCCUUGGGAGUAUCCCUUUAGUUAUAGGAAGGUUGAGCUCACUUUCUUACCUUAAUCUCUUCCAAAAUAAUCUCACCGGUACAAUGCCUGUUUCUAUUGGAGGCUUGCGGAAUUUAUCCACGCUUGACCUUUCAAGCAAUCAUCUCACUGGUCAUAUUCCAACAGAAAUUUUCAACCUUGAUUUGAUCUCGCUUAACCUCGGUGACAACAAAUUCAAUGGUUCUUUACCAAAAGAAGUUGGAAUGCUUGAAUCUCUCACUGAACUCAAAUUGCGAAACAACUCCUUGUAUGGGCACAUUCCCUCGCACAUUGGAAACCUUUCCAGACUCACUUUCCUGGACUUGGCACACAAUGUUUUUUCUGGGAAUAUUCCUCCGGAGAUUGGCAACCAUCUAACUGGUCCUAUACCAGCAUCUAUAGGAAACUUGAGCGACUUGGUAUAUCUUUAUUUUUAUGGUAAUUACCUCUCUGGUUCGAUCCCCAAUGAGAUAGGAUUGCUCAAGUCGCUGUCCACAUUACAGUUGUUGGAAAAUAAUCUUACUGGUGUCAUUCCAAGUUCUAUAGGAAACAUGACCAACUUAUUAAGUCUUCUACUUGAUGACAAUGCGAUUUCUGGCCCAUUACCUCAGACUAUAGGGAUGCUUAAAUCUCUCAACUUACUGUCUUUGGCUGAUAACUCAAUCUCUGGUUCAAUUCCUGUGUCAAUAGGAAACUUGACCAGCUUAUCAGGACUUUUCCUUGGUGGAAAUAGUUUGUCAGGCCAUAUCACUCAGACCUACAGUAAUUUUACGGAUUUCCAACUAUCAGAUAACCAUCUCACUGGCCCAUUACCAGAGAAUUUAUGCCUCGGUGGAGUACUCACUCGACUUGCAGUGAUCAAUAACAAUUUGACGGGUCCAAUGCCAUCAAGUUUGAGAGACUGCAAAAGUUUAAUUAGAGUUAGGCUUGAAGGAAACCAAUUCACAGGGAAUAUAUCAGAUGCUUUUGGUAUAUAUCCAAAUUUGGUUUACAUUGGAUUAAGCAAUAACAGAUUUUAUGGUGAACUUUCUCCAAAAUGGGGUCAAUGUCCUAAUCUAACUAGCCUACGAAUCUCCAAUAAUAACAUUACUGGAAAGAUAUCACUUGAGUUAGGACUUAGGACAUGCAACUCAGUUGCAGGAAGUCGAUCUCUCUUCGAAUCAUCUAAUCGGUGA